AUGUCUAGUUCUGUUCACGAUAUGAGCCCUAACGGCUCUUCCUGGGACCAUAACCACCGAUUCACUACCCAACAGCACCUGUUGCUCGAAGAUGAGGUACCGUAUCUCCUCGCAGCCCAAGAUACCUCCCAAAGAUUUCUACAACAAACGCAUUCUGGUGCCCAGCAUCUUCUCAACGGUUCUCUGUCUCAAUAUAACUCACAUCCGUCAAAUCAAUACGAUUCAGCUUCUGCCUACCAACAGCGCUCUCCUUCCUUUGCAACAUCACCUAAUAUGACUUCAAACCCAAACCAAUCAUUGAAUCCCAUUUCAACCACAUUCACAUUCACUCCACCAGAUUAUAAUGCUAAUUCUACUCGUCCUGGAUAUCAGGCCGCAUUCCAAUCAGGAAUGAACGCUUCAAGUGUUCCGGGCACACACAACCAACUCUCCGCAACAUCCGUCACCCCUUCAGGUCCCGGGUUUCCUAUGCAGUUCCCUUACACCCAUCGACCACCUAUUCGCCAAUCCGAGAUCCAGUCGCAGAUCAUAGACAGUAUGCACGCAGUUAUGUCCCAGCAAUCAAAACGCCAUAGAGUCGAUGACGAUAGCCACCAUCCUCGAGCUGUGGUACCCGACCCACAAGAAAUGCCAGAGUCCGCGAACAGGCCGAGACCAACGGGUGCUUGUGCUCGGUGCAAAAGCCUGAAGGUCCGAUGCGAAUUCAGGGGCGAUAAUGACACCUGCAAAAGGUGCACAGGUGCCGGUCAGGACUGUGUCAUUCCGGGACGCAAACCACGACGAACCCCACCGAAACGAGAACACCUUUUGAACCAGAUUCGUGAACAAGCUGCUCAAAUUCAGGAGCUUAUGGCUCAGCUCGAUGUUACCAACCGACCAGUUGCACCGGUCUCAGUCAGUAGUCCUUCGACCACUACGAUACCAACGUCCCCAUCGUCCUCCAUCGAUCUUCAUUCUCCUACCCUUGAUCCUAACACCCCGGCGGAUUUUGCUCCACCCAAACCGGAAGUGCAGGAUUGGCUUGCAAAAGCCCGUGCCUCAAUUGACACUUUUGGUGGCUUGAUUGCCCUUGGCGGUACAACUCAUUCCAUGCUCGUGGAUAAGGAUCCUGAGAAGUCUGAUAGCGAUGAGGAAGUGUACGGCUUUGAUUUCGAAGACGACGACACCGAUGACGAAGAUAACGGAUACACCACUGCAGAGGAAGGCGGACGUAGCCGUCGCUCACAGUCAAGGGAAAGGCACUCUCCAACUGCGCUAGCAAAAAAGAAGGAGCUUGCUGAUAAAAAGUUGGGCAUGCUUCCCCACGCAGAUAGUCCAUUUGGUUUAAUGGCCCAUAUGGCCAACCGUGCUAGAGGAAAGAGUGCGGAACCAGAACCUCAGGAUGCUGUUGGCGUAGCGAACGUUGACUUCUUCAGACCAUCUCCUGCUCCCGAUCCUAUCCGGUCGAAUCCUUCGAUUAGUAGCCAGCAUCUUCCUCACAUUCUCACUCGUGAAAUUGUUACUCUAGAAGACGUUGAGAAUCUGUUUAAACUAUACUUUGAUAAAAUGAACCUGUCAACGUCAUUGAUGGACCGCGUUCUUCAUACUCCACAGUACGUGGUUAUGAGAAGCCCUUUCCUCUUCACAGUCGUGUGUGCUGUCGCUUCUCGGUUCUACACCCAGCGUCCAGGCUUGUACGCGGAAUUGAUGCGUUACGCACAGCUCGCGGCGGGCACUGCGCUUAUCACCGGUCCCAAGAAUGAGGAAAUGUGUCUUGCUUACUUACUACUACAGCUUUACCCUGUUCCCUCACGACGCUGGGAAGAGGAUCGCAGCUGGGUGUACCUUGGUGUUGCAAUCCGACUGGCCCAGGACCUCAACUUGAAUAGGCCUACAACCACAACGCCCCUGAAUGAGCACCACGCUCGUGUGCUUCUUAAUCGCACGCGUGUCUGGAUCAACUGCUUCAACUUGGACCGGUCGACAGGUGCUCAGUACGGCAAAGCACCCAUUAUUCCUAAUUCUGACUAUAUUGCAAACCAUUUGCACGAUUGGUGGUGCUCCUCCAAGUAUAAUGUUGAGGACUUCGACAUUCACCUCUGUAUCUACUCCAUGGAGCUCAAUAUUUUCGCAAAAUUCAUGGAGAAGAUUCGCAGUGACCCACACCACCCUACCGGACUUAACAAGUCUUCCAAUUUCACUCAGAUUGCUAGUGAAACCGACGACGAAUUGGCUCGCGUCGGCGCACAUUGGUUCCAUGAGCUAGAUGGGAUUGAACCGAAAAGCGCCAUGUUUAUUUUCCGCACUGGUCUUUUGAAAAUGGCCUUCAGCUAUGCCCGUUUGGUCGCCCUUUCUUCUGGCUUGCAGCAUGCCAAAGAAGACUGCUUGGAUGAAAAUUCAUUUUUAAUGAGAUGUUUUACGAGGGCAUCCGACGUCAUCAAUGCUUUCGUUCACCGAUUGUACACUACCGAAGAAGAGAGAGUUCUUUUACGCCACGCACCCGAUGCACAAUAUGUAUUUAUUAGUUUUGCUGGCGCCUUCCUUGUUAAACUUUUACAACCUAAGUAUGCGCAGUACUUUACGUAUGAGCGCCGGGUCGAAAUUCGGGACCUCGUGCAAAAAACAAUCGAUCUCCUCGGGGCGCCGGACGUAGCUCUCGAUGAAAAGCACGGGCCUUCCCUAUAUUCUCGUUUCCUGGCCGGCCUGCUAGCUAGUCCUAUAGUCAGAGUCGACCUGACACCAACCUCAGGGAAGUCACCCUUGACCAGCCCCGGUAUCCACAAACGAGCACGCAAGCCGAAGACCACGCCUGCCAAGACUCGUGGCGGUCUAGUCGCAGAUAGCUCUACAUCUGCUGACUAUCCAUCUCCAUCCUCUGCCAACUCUGGUUCUCCUUCUCCUUCAUACAUGUACCCCGGUGCGGGAAGCUUUUCAGAAGCCCAGCUGCAGAACCACGUGACAUCAUCUGAAAUGUUCCAUGACCCGUUACCGACGAUUUUGGAUGCCGACCUUUUAGAGUCGGCACAGAUUAUGGCUGAUCCUUUGUGGCAGGAUACCUUAGUCCCUGGUUUCCAGUGGAUGAAUCAAAUGUCAUACAAUACUUCCGCAACCCAAGACUAUUCGAUGUAUGAGCCACAUUUUGGUUCGAUGACAUGA